AAUUGGGUCAAACUCUAGAAAUUCUUUCAUUAGUUUGUAAGAAUUAGGCAGAAUGAAUGAAAAAUAAAAAGAUUUACUUUGAGAAACAAGGUUUUUCAGAUAAUUUCUAUAUUAGAUGUAUUUUUCAAAAAAUAUUGAUUACCGAAGUAGAAACAACAUUAUGUCUAAUUUCUGUUUGGGCACUUAGAAUUUAAGUAGGAUAGGCUUUUGAAUUUUUCAAAAAUUUUUCAUAAACUUAUUUUCUACAAGAAUAUUCUAGAUGGAUCAAUCCCCUUUGAAGAAUUUGCAGUUUGAUUUUUAUUACAGCCAUAUGUAGG